GGGGACAAGGUGCUGCAGAAGAAGUGGACGACGUUCCUGAAAGCCCAACUGGUGUGCUCGCAUCCCGGCCACGUCCCCUUCAACGUCAUCCAUCACGCCUUCGCCCUGCCCCGCCGCGAUGGCCGUGCCGACUUCUAUGCCGUCUUCACCUCGCAGUGGUGAGCAGGCGGGGCGGGCAGCGCCGCCGUCUGUGCCUACAGCCAGGAGGCUCUGGAAGAGGUCUUCGAGGGCAAAUACAAGGAGCUGAACAAGGAGAGCUCCCGCUGGACGGUCUACGGUGGCCCCGACAUGAGUCCGCGGCCCGGCAGCUGCUACAUGGGUCCCUCCUCUGACAAAGCCCUCACCUUCAUGAAGGACCAUUUCCUAAUGGACGGGAAGGUGUCACCCACCCAGGGGCGGCCGCUGCUGGUGAAGACGGACGUCACGUACACACGCAUCGUGGUGGAUGAGACUCAUGACAUCUCAGGGGCCACCUACCGCGUCAUGUUCCUGGCCACAGCGGAGGGUUUCCUGCACAAAGCGGUGGAGCUGCCCGAGGGUCCCCACAUCGUGGAGAGCAUCCAGCUCUUCGAGACGUCGGAGCCAGUGAAGAACCUACUGCUGGCCCCGGGGAAGGGCAUCCUCUACGUGGGCUACUCCGGUGGCAUCCUCCAAGUCCCGUUGGCCAACUGCAGCCUGCACCGGAGCUGCGCCGAGUGUGUGCUGGCGCGGGACCCGUACUGCGCCUGGCCCAGCCUCGAGGGCUCCUGCCAGCCCCCCUCCGCCGCCGAGGACAAGUGA